UUUUCUAAAAUUUAUCGACUUUUUCUUUACAAAUUUUAAGAAACCUUAUUUUGUUUUUUUUAAAAAAAAUUGUUUGAUUAGAAUGGAUACAUGGAAUCAAUUAUUGCAACAAAGUCAUAAAAAAAAUUAUCGAAGUAUUGGUGGGUUUCUUUACAACCGAAUAUGCAAUAUUUUUUCGUGCACGUAAUGAAUAUGUUUAUAAAAUCUAAUACAUUUACCUGUCAGUUUAUGUACAAAUGACAAAUCUUCGAAGGAAUGGAGAACCUUCAUUACACAAUAUAAGAUUUCAUGAUUUUAUUAAAGAUGAUUCAAGACAUUUGUCAUUUUUAAUGGCAUUUAAUGAUAACCAAUUACAUGGUGAUAUUAAAUCAAAUCCUAGUGCUCAAUUAAGCUGGCAAAUGCCAACAACAAAGGAAAUUUAUAAUUUAUUAGGAAGAUUUUAUAUUGUUGCGUCACCAAAAAAAAUAACAAGAUUCCCUCCGCCCAAACUUGGUACGGAAUUAAUGAAUUCAGAAAUAUCGGCUCAAGAACAUUGGGAAUCAGUUAGAAGACAAGUUUGGUCAUCAUUAUCAUCACAAACUCGUGCAACUUUUACAUGGCCUCCAUCAGGAGAAAUACCAAAACAUGGAGACAAAGCAUUUAAAUGUCUAAAGUUAGAUUCUAUGCUUGACAGAAACAUUAGUUUAGAUAAUCCUGAUAAGGUUAAUCAUGAAGUUGCUUUCGAUAAUUUUUGCUUGCUAGUUUUUAGAAUUAAUGAAGUUAUAAGGUUUGAAUACGGAAUUUUUCCUCCAAAGAGAAUGAUUUAUAGACUUGUCAAUGAUGAAUGGAUAGAAGAAGAAACGAACCCAUAAACAAUAAUUAUAUUAGACAUAAAAACAAUUUUCUAGUAAGAAGGUUUAAUUUUUAUUUGAACAAUUAUACCAUCUUUAUCACGUGCCGCUUGCGUAGAUUCAAUUUCCGGUGCUAGAGAAGUUUUAUUCUAUAUUUGUGAAGUUGAUUUUCACAUAAAUGGUAAUAAAGCAUUAGAAAAUUAGACUAUAAAUUAUAAAGAUUAUAAAAUAAAAUUAUAUUUACCCAUUUAGUU